UUUUAUGCAGAUUUUUUUAUUUGAUUUUCGUUUUGCCUCAAUGUUAAACUUUCUUCUGUCUUCCUUUUAGUUUAAAAAUCUUUGGUACCCUGAAGGUGUUGUAAAAUGCUAUGUAAAUAAAGUUGUAGUAGGUUUAGGGGAUGUCAUAGAUAUGUAAAUAAAGCUUCAUUCAUUCAUUCAUUCAUUCAUUCAUUCAAGUACAUUCUCAAUUCACAGAAAGGCCUUCAUAGGCUUCAGAGCUGCUGACCAAAUGUUACAAAACCUCACAAAGAAACCUGUUUCCAUUUGCAGAAACAUUUCUAAUCUUUGCGUCAUCAGAGAUUUUUCUCAUUUUACUUUUCAGAAACAUUUAAGCUCUUUGCACUGUGGGAAAUCUAUAUUUUUUUUAUAAAUAUUUUACUUUUCAAAGUUUUGGUGCACAUAUAACUUCACAGUUAUUGUGCAUUACAAACAUCUCAGUUCACAAAGCACUAGUUCAACGUAGCAAACACUAAUAUUGUCAUCCACCCCCGUGCUCCACAAAAAAGGUUUCUCCCGGUACGUAUUAACCAAUGGGAAGACUGGUUAUUUUCCGGACUGCACCAAUGGCCGACAGUAUAGGGGUCAGAGUGUCAAGAUUGCUCAGAAAUAAAAUGUCGUAUGACAUUCUCUUUAGCGUGCAGUCUGAACACACUUGGUAUUCAUUUGACGCCUAACUGCGGUAAACUGAUACGUAUUUUACGUGAACAAUACUGACGUACGCGAAAAAUGCCCGACAAGCUAAAGCAAGAAGCAGUCUGUUUUUGGCCGUUCAAUCAAAAGGCAGAGAUGUUCACGAUGCGCGUGAGUACUGGACAUGUUCACGCGCCCUUUUAAGUUUUGGACAGGGCUGAAAGAGUGCAGUCAGGCCCAUCCUUCCCUCCGUCGGUCACUCUUGGAAGCGUUUGCUCACAGCUGGGCGAUGACGUCAGAGUCAGCUGUUCUUUAUGCAGCGGUCUGCGCGCGCAUUGAAUGAUUCAGCAGGUUCGGCACUCGGCAGACCGUCGACACCUCCAGACGCCGGGUUCAGUCGUACACAGGCGUCUGUCCUACCCGGUUCUGCUCACUCGACUGUUUCAGCGGGAGGCUCGGCUCGGCUCGGCUCGGCGGGGGUUUUGGGAUCCCGGACCCGCAGGCCCGAUCCCGCCUCUGGUGGUCGGUCCCUUCUGUCCACGGGUCGUGCUCUGUUUCUGAUGCCGGCGUGCCUGACAGCUUCUCUGGCUCUGGGUCGUAAUGUUGAUGUGGGCGGAGUUUGAUGUCAAAUCUUCUCUCUAAGCCCACCUCCCACCAUGCCCACUAUGGUUUCUAGACUUCCAAAGUUUGGCUCACGGCCCAAACCUGAGACAACACCAGCCUCUUUGUCCAACAGCAGCCCCCACCUGACCAAUGGAUUCUACCACCAUCCUGGACCUGCAGUGGUGAACAGCACCACCGGUGUGUCCCCUUCCACUGCUAAACUUAAUGGCUUCAUCAGAAUGCCAAGCUCUUUUUCCACAAAGUGGCGGAAGGGUGUUGAAAAUGUCAAGGAUAAAGGAGUGGGUGGAGAUACUGGGUGUGGGAGAGGAAAAGGGGGUAAUCCUGUUCAGAGAUCUGGCAACGUUCAUCAGUCUUCUUCUCAGAGGCAGCAGGGAUCCCAAGUCGUGUUGCAUAACAACACCAAAAACACUGCGUCAUCCGUGAAGGGGCAGGGCCAGACUGUGACAAGGUCCUCUCAGUUUCCACAGUCCAACAUCAGAACGCCUGUGACUAAAACUGGAUAUGGGAACUUCAAAUCAAAUCCAUCCAGACUGACCAAAGGCACAAAGCAGGCCUUGAACUCUAGUCCCCAAACUGAUGCACACUCUUCUCCUAGACGGCCACAAGGUUUUCUUUCUGCAGUUGGAAGUCCAGGACAUUUAUCUGGUUCCAACCUCCAUAAGAAGCCAGCGGCCAGCCGCUCUCUCUCCACUGAGAGUUUGGGAUAUGUUCCGUUUCUCCGGUUAUCAGAGGAGAACCGUUUUCAGUCACGUAGCCUGACCCAGGUCCGACAGCAGCCGUCUCCCACCCACACUCUGUCAUCUGCCUCGUCCUCAUCUCUUCCUCGGUCCCCCAGUUUCACCAGGUCGUACUCCAUCACCAGGGCAGCACAUGGGGUAACUCUGUCUUCACCUGAACAGGCCCCACCCAGGGGCAGCCUGUUGAAAUCACCUGCAGGGAGCUCCAUAGGUCAACCUAAAUGCAUUGAAGUUCAAAGUGGUGUCGCCUUUGGAAAAGUUGGGGUUUGCAACCCUUCCCCAUCUCCCUCCCUAGGCCUUAAAAAAACCCUCCUACCUAAGUUUACCCCUGCUCCCAAAAACAGUGGUUUAAGCUAUAAACUAUCUCGCCCAUCACUGCUAAAGCAGCCCCGUUCCCUCAGAGGGACCCUAACCGGUGACCUCAGAGGGUACCACGAACUGAAACAAGUACCCAACAGACUGAGGAACUCAGUGGUGAUGCCUUCAACAUUUAAAAACAGUCCAGAAAACAAACCAACAGCCCAAGAGGCAGGGGGGCAGUCUGUGGAUCCGGGGGAAGAGUCGUUGGUAGGUGAGACACUUGAGGAUAUAUCGCUGCUCUCCACUCUGUCUCUAGAUAGAAAUUACAUCUGCCAUGAGUACAUGGAGGAUUUUGACAAACUCGGAAAUGGAGACGUGGAAAUUAUUUUGCCCUCAUCUAAAAAUUAUGACGAUGACUCAGGGCUCGACCAGUCCUGCACUGGGUUUGAGGAAAAGUCUGUGAUCAAAGAGAGCGACAUUGAAACAGAUCUCUGUUGUCCAGUAAAUGGGAUGAACUGGACAGCUGUUGGUGAUGAACAAGAAGAAGUUAACCACAUUUCCCGUCGGAGAAGAUCCAACCAGCCAGACUACCAUGACCAGAUGGAGCUGUCCCUCGACCUUUCCUCUUCUGACAGCUGCGGGUCUGGAGGGACCUACAUGUGGGAUGAGGAGGGUCUAGAGCCACUGGGGGUCUCUGGUUCAGCCCCAUCCAUCAACACCAACAACGGCGCUACCCACCACAUCGGAAGCUGUGACUCGGAUGACAUCUUGAAUAACUUGGACUCCUGCGAUCUGGGUGAUGAUGAUCUCAUGCUCGACUCAGACUUCCCAGAAGAUGCCUCUUUAAGUGAUGAAGAUAGUUUGUCCCACAUGGCUACGUGGAUGAGAAGGCAGCUCUGCUGGGGGGCGCAGGACGGCCACAAUGACAACCAAAGUGAUUUCCAGAGCUGCAAACUGACAGAAGAUGCUGGCAACAAAAGGACAAGUGACAGCAAGAACUGUGAGAUCAUUCUGGACCUCUGUCCUACCAGUUUGGGUGUGGAUGUGGAGGAAUUGGCUGAAGACUGCUCGGCCGUUAGAUCACAGCUGGAGUUUCUGCAGACGUUACUGCUGCAGGUGGAAGACGUGGAUGAAGACACUCCAACCACUGACACUUUGAGCCCAGAGCCCAAUGAUUCGUCCUGCAGCUCCAACUCACAGGUUCAGGCUCUUUUACAGGAAGUACAGCAGCUCCGGGAGGAACUGAAGAGCCAAGACCAGACCAUUGCUCAGCUCACCCUGCAGCUGACCGUUUCUUUGGCCACAAGCGGGUGUCGCUGCAGAGAAAAGAAGGAAAAGGUGGAUCAACACACGCAGACGAGUGUGAUGCAGACAGAAAGUGUGGCCUUACAGACACCAUGGGGAGAGAGCAAGUCUCCAAUACUUGACUUCUCCAGCUUCAACGCCCAGAAACCACUGACUUCACCAACCCAUGCUCCCAGUCCAGGUAACCCCACCCAGCCGUCUCCCCCAUCAGACAAACUCCUCCUCUCCCCUUAUACCAACCAAAUAAGCCAGAGAGAAGGACAUAACCGAAAAAUACGCAAGACGGAGCCGUCGGGUGGAACUUCCAGCAAAGUCCUGUUAUCACCACAGCCCUCCAAGUUCCAACUCCUCCCGUCCGACACCUCCCCUAAAUCCAGGGUCUCCAAGCCGCCGUUGGACCCCCAUAAAAACAUUUCAAGGGCAAAGGUCAAAGCAAUGGCUUCCACCUCCUGUUCAUCCAUCCCACCCCCCCAAACCAAAGAGCCACAGAGGAGCCAGCAAACAACUGUUCACGCUUCUCCCUCCAGCUUACCUCCUGGUUCUUCACGUCAAUGAAGAUGAGGGAAACAUCAUUUUGAUCACUUCAUAUCCAAGCUAGAAAAAAAAGUGCAGAAAAACAAACUGCAAGAAAGAAAGCGGGGAUCUGUGCCUUCUGAUUGGAAGAUCUUCUUUGCUUUGUACCAUCAGCCGUGUCCUCCCACGCUUCUUCUUGCUGUUAGUGACACUGCAGUUCUUAACUUUUUGGUUUAUUUAAAAUGUUUCCUAGAAUGACAGACAAGUUCAUUGUAAUUAUUGGCAUCUGCAGCUGAUGUUCUGAAGAAGAAAAUGAUCCAAAUCGCAAAGGCUAAGACUGAGAAAUCUUUCAGCUUUUCAAUUUGCUUUCCACUGCAUUUACCAAAACACUUGCAAACAGCUUUAGCUUUAUCAUCUAAAGUGGCAGAGAUUCUCUCCUACUCAGAUCUUGGUUGGGCCUAACUUCAUCCUUUGAGUUUCUAAACACAGAUACCAAAUUCUAUGUUCCUUUACACGCUUUUUUUAGUCAACAAUUUAAAAUAUAGAAAGUUUGUUCCAGUCUAUGUGGUACGACACAGUAUAUCAUCGUUCACACUGCAAGCCUUAAUGCUCAAUUUGGAUUUUUUGAAAAAAUCCGAUUUUUUUUUUUUUUUUUUUUUUUUUUUUUUUUUUUUUUUUUGCAAUACCGUUCACAUUUCCAAGUAAAUCUGAACUUUUGUGGUCUCCAGUGUGACCGUGAGACGACCCAAAACUGACCCCCAUGUGCAGAAGAGUACUCAACAGUGAACGACGUUACUCGUUGUUCGCAGAGCCAAUGGGAACAAUGGAUGCCAACAACAGUGUUGUCAACAGUGGAGCUCUUUUUGCAAUAUUAAAUUUAUUUUCACGAAGGAGCAGCACAAUUACAAUCUUCUCAUUUUAAGAAGGCGAUGGAGUCGGGAUCGUCCGGACCCACUGUUGUGGAAUGAGGAGGUGUAUGUGCUGGGGCCACUUGCGCCGUAGAGACAGGAGAAGAGCGCGUGCAGCGUAGGAGGGAGUGACAGGGGGGUAGUGAGGGCGCGCAUUCAUGUUGUGUGUUACGGUGGAAGGAGAACGGUAAUAGAAGAAAGUUUCCCCCAGCUAUGGACUCAUUAUUAACCCACUCUGGAGAAUCUAAGGGUCAGAACAGGGAGGAGGAGGAUCCACCUUGGGUCCCCCGCACUUCUGAUCACGGUCGGAAAGGGGAGAAAGAAAAAAGAAAAAAGUCAUGGCGGGAAAGGUUCAACAUUAGGCUCGGCCAUUUAGCUGGAAAUAUUUUCAAAAACCGCCCAGUUGCAAUAAGAUCCUUUGAGUUUAGCCUGAAUAGAGCGGUCACCCCAAAUAUGAAUCCAAUGGGUGACCUCGCUUCCCUUCCACUGACUGGUCUCUGCAGCAUCGUCCGCCAUGGUUGACGUUUAUGUUCUCGAUUCCGCCUACUUCAACGCAAAAUUAUGACGUUUGUUGCGUAUCAAUGACGUAUGGUUCGGAAUCAAGCCGCCUGGCCAGUCAGACGGCGGUUGCAAUUGAAAAGAUCGGAUACGUUUCGGAAUCAGGCGGCAUACCCAAGUGGCCUGGAUCGCAAUUGAAAAGAUCGGAUCUGUGUUGUUCAGACUGUCAUGAAAAGAUCGGAUUUGGGUUGCAUAGGGGCAAAAAUAGGGUCGUUUCAGCCUGCAGUGUGAACUUAGCCUUUGUUCCUGAGUUCAGAAAGGACUAAUAUUCACAUAAAAGUAUUUUUUUAGUGUAUAAAAAAUACUGAAAAACAAGCUGAGGAUCUAAACUUGUGGUUCAUCUGAAAAGAUGUUUUUCAUAUUAACAUUUCUCAACGCUGUAUAGCAGGAAUCCAGGGUUCGAUUCCCGAAGGGGAAUAAACAAUGGUAAUGGGGCAAUUACCAUAUCAAUGGCGAGCAAUUAACAUCACCCAGUGAGGGCACUUGGGCAAUACCCUCAAUGCUACUGCCUCCUGAGCGCAGUGUGGCUGCAGCUCACCGCUUCCCCAAGGGAUGGGUCUAAUGCAGAGAAGAAUUUGACCCAUAAUUAAACUGUCAAUUAUUUUUUAUUUUUUUUUAUUUCUGUAGUUUGUGCCGAAGAGCUGAUUGAGGCUGUGGUUUUCAGACUGCCAAAAGCCUGUCACAGUUACCAACGGUAAAUUUAAAAAGUAAUGCAUCAGUAAUGAAAGCUCAGAGGGAAUAAUUCUUUAAAAACUUUGGUUCAUUAACCCUUGUGCUAUCCUAUGGGGUCCAGAUGACCCCCCCCUUCCAUUGAGGUGUUCUCCCUACCAUGACAAAGGUGGAUAAAGGUGGAAAGAUUUCAUGUAAUCCAUGGACACCAGUGAAGAUCACAAAUCAUUGAAGACAAAAGGUUCAGAGCACUGUCUAGUGGGUCUAAAUGACCCAACUCCCAAUGUUAAAGUGCCUAGGAUAGCGCAAGGGUUAACCUCCAUUAAAAUCUCUGCUGGAGAGUCUGUGAAAUAUGCAAGAAAGAUUUGCAUUUCUCAGUGCUACUAAAAGUCCACAAUUAUAAAACCUUUUCAAACUAGAUUUGCUUUCAGUUUAAUAAUAAAAAAAAAAUAAUCUACAGACUUUGAUUCCAUUUGUCUCAUAUCAUUUGAAACACUCAAAUUCUCACAGCAGCUACUGUAAUAUGUAUAUGUGUAUGGAAUGACAUUUACAACAAACUCAGUCACUGAAGCGUUAAAGGCAAUGAAGAAUGUGCAGUCACACCUUUGCUUACAUGAUUAUUUCAUGCUUAAUACAAACUCAAAACAUCAAACGUUGUUUUAAGAGAAAAGCGUCUGAAUUCUUGAAAAUAUGCUUAUUAUGAAAUGUAGACUAAACAACAGCAGCUGUUUCUGUUCUCAGUAGGUUCAAGACUGAAAAUCAAACAUCACGUUUGAAAAGCUAAUUAGUGCUUUAAUUCUGCAGCAAAACCUGCUUUUGUCACUUAAUGACAAACAGAAGAGUAUUUGUUGCCAAUAAAUCUAAAAUUCUUGAGAUGACAGUACAUUGUUUUUUUUUUAAACUAUGAAAAUUCUCAGUAAUCACUUCUCCACCUUUUUUAUUAAAUAUUUCAGUCCAAGAAUGUUUCACAUGAAGCUUUUUGUCAGUGUUGCAGACUUAAGGUUAUAGUCUCUGAAACACAGACUGACAAUUCCCAUCUGUAUUUGAAACACAGACAGAAUCUACCCAGUGGAUCACGUGUGAUCUGGCUACAAGCUGGUGACCUCCAGGUGUGGCCAUGGAAACUGAAUAGGAGGGGCACACAAAUGCAGGAGUGGAGGACUUUUACCUGGGUUAGGGUCUGGAUUUCAGUGCUCUGAGUGGGAAAAAAGUCUGAAUUCACAUUUGAAUGAAGACAGAGAGGAAAAGAAUGAAUAUUACUUGUAGUCUGAGUUAUGAUUUUAUUUAAUUCGUUUGUGUUAGAAUUUAGAUUUACUGUCAUGUCAUUUUUUUAAGAUUCCGACAUCUUUGGUUGUAAAAAGACUUUUAGUUUGAAAACUUAAGUACAAGCAUCAAGCAUUUCCUGUCUGCUUUUUGAACUUGAUUUUAUGUGUAAUUUUUGUGCAAUAUAAAAAACUGUUUAUGCUGCUGUAUUAAUUCUUAUUUAUGAUAAACUACUGUCAUUACAGUGAGUCAGUGAGAUCUGACUGUGUAAAUUGAUAGCAAUAUUAAUUGCUCAUCUAUUAUGUUUCGUUUCUUUGUCUUAAUGAUGAUCUCUUUUAAAAUGCACUUUAAAGCCCCAAACAGAAGCACCUGCUGGGUUCAUGUUGGGAGGGGCCAUCCAUUCCCAUUUAAGGGUCAAUACACAGAUAAUAUUAUUAACCCUUAUUAAAUUAUUCUUUUUUUAAUAGUAUGACUAAAAUGGGAAACCAGCUUUGGUUAGCUGUAGAGGAGUUUGGCUGGAUUUUAGUCAGAUUUUUCACUGUAAGAAUUCAUUGAAGCUGUUCAUUAAUGUUUCUGGUUCUGGUUUGCAGUUGACUGAGAUGGGUCUGACCAAUAAAAAUAUAUGAAAAAUUG